AUGCCCUAUGAAUUGUACCGCAGGAGCACGUUGGGCCUGACUUUAGCCGAUGCUCUUGAUGAUAUGAUCCAGAGUGAGCAGCUCACUCCGCACCUUGCCAUGCGCGUUCUUUCUCAGUUUGAUCGGUCGAUGAUGGAAAACCUGGAUCGAAAAAUUCGAUCUCGAUGCGUUCUCAAGGGCUAUCUGAACAUGUACAGAUCUUGCGAUGACGUGUGGACAUUCGUGCUUUCCAACGCCUCUGUCCGAGUGGAUGAGGAGCCGAUUGCGGCAGAUAGGAUAAAGAUUGUGGCAUGUAAUUCAAAGCGACCGAACUUAGACCCCGCCGGUCUAGGGGUCACUUCCGGCUUCAAAAAGCACCAACGAUAG